UCGAACCUUUGUCCUCCUGGCUGCUAGUCAGAUUCGUUUCUGCUGAGCCCCGAUGGGAACUCCAAAGCAGUUCUGCUUUGAUAUGAUUUUCUUAUUUGGCUAAAAAUGUUGGAAAACUACCACCUUAGGAGAAGUUGUUAUAAGUUAAAUUCCCAUGACGGAGGUCAGGAACACGCUUAAGGACUUUUGAUACAGGCUGAUAGGUGCAUUUUCGUCAUAUGAUAUCAAAUACAUACUUCCGAGUUUCGUAUAUUAAAGCAUGGCUCAUCCCCUCUCUCUAGCACUGAGUUUUAUCCCAAAGCGUGAACUGCUUUUUGGUUUAUGUGAUUUCAGAUCUGGCGAAUGAGCUCAUAUUCCCUCUAUCAUGUCUGCUCUCAAUACCUCUGAGGUCCAGCUGUUUCUUCUGGUUGGCAUUCCGGGACUGGAACAUGCCCACGUGUGGGUCUCCAUUCCCAUCUGCCUCGUGUACCUGGUCGCCGUCACGGGCAACAGCACCAUUCUCUUUAUCAUAAAGACAGAGCCCUCACUUCACGAGCCCAUGUAUUAUUUCCUUGCCAUGUUGGCUGUCUCUGACCUUGGCCUGUCCUUCUCCUCUCUGCCCACCGUGCUGAGACUCUUCUUGUUCAACGCGGUGGAGAUCUCACCCGAUGCCUGCUUUGCCCAGGAAUUCUUCAUCCAUGGGUUCACGCUUAUGGAAUCCUCGGUGCUUCUGCUGAUGUCUGCAGAUCGCUUUCUCGCCAUUCACUAUCCCCUGAGAUAUACGUCCCUCCUCACCAGCCGCAGAGCUGCCAGGCUGGGACUGGGCUUCGCCAUCAGAAGCCUUCUCCUAGUGCUGCCGUUCCCCUUCACUCUGAGGCGAUUAAAAUAUUGCCAGAAGAAUCUCCUUUCUCACUCGUACUGUCUGCAUCAGGACACCAUGAAGCUGGCGUGCUCGGAUAACAAGAUCAACGUUCUCUAUGGCUUCUUUGUUGCUCUCUGCACGAUGCUGGACUUGGCCUUAAUUGUUCUGUCUUACGCGCUGAUCCUGAAGACGGUACUCAGCCUUGCAUCUCUGGCAGAGAGGCUCAAGGCCCUUCACACCUGUGUUUCCCACAUCUGCGCUGUGCUCGUUUUCUACGUACCCAUCAUCACCCUGGCUGCCAUGCACCGCUUCGCCAAGCACAAAAGCCCCCUCGUUGUAAUCCUUAUCGGCGACAUAUUCUUGCUGUUGCCGCCCCUAAUGAACCCUAUUGUGUACUGUGUAAAGACUCAGCAGAUCCGGGAGAAGGUCUUGGGGAGGUUGUUUAACAUACGGAGGAGAUAAGAGGUGAAAUAUCGAGGUAAUCACCCAGGAAGUAUUUAUUGGCACCCACUCUGUAUUCAGUGCCAUGGUGGGCACUACCCAGGGGAGGACUCCGGGAGACUGCAAAGCUGCACAGCACAGAAUUUAUAAGAAAUUCAAGAAUACAAUAUGGAACAGGAAAGAUACAAUCACCAGGUCAUAUGAUACGACUCACAGAGGUUUAAUUAACUUUUUAAGAGUAGUUGAAACAAAGUACCAUGUAAUCAAACAGCUGGGUUUGAGUCACCUCUGAAAGAAUGGAUAAAAUUUAGAUGGAUUGAUGUUACCACUCAAGCAGCAUUUGUGUGUGUAUAUAUAUACACACCCACACCCACAAUGCAGACUCACUAUACUGUCAAGGAGAAGGAAACUAGGAGGGCAACACAACAGUUCUGAAGGACAUUUGUUUGGCUAGAAUAAAGCAUUUAAUUUAGCAAAUAGUGAGGGAUAAUUUUAAGCAGUAUGAGUGAACCAGAUUUUGAAGUAUCUAGAAAAGCCCUGAAAAGUCUAAAUUCCAGAGGUACCAGCAAGACAAUUCAAUCUCUAUAACAAACAUCUCACGGGGUAAAUCAAAUUUUAAGAAUGAUGUGACUUUUGACAUGAAUUUGAGAGAGAUGAAGACGUGAGGUCAAUGAGAGUCUGCUGCAAUAAUUCCACUACGAAGUGAUGAUUCUGGGAAGUGGCAGAGAGAAGCUGGCAUGCUGCUGAUCUGUCACGACUAGAAAAGUAGCAUUGUCCUCAGUGGCAAGAUGAUAAUACUUAGGUGCGGACAUGGAAGUAGACAGAAGUGAAUAUAUGUUUUAAACAAGGUUGGUCAUUAAACUAGGAAGACUUUCCCUUACCGACACAUCACUACUGUUCUUUUUCACCCAUCAAUUCCUCCUAGAGCUGUUUCAGUCCAGCUUUAAAACUUUCCCUGGAUUAUCCUCUCAUCUCGUACAUUGAGAUUAGCUACUUGAAAGAACUGUUAAGACUGUAACUGUAACCAUUCUUAGAACCCUGCAAUAGCUGUCCAGUAAGUAAUCAGAUAACGGCAUGACUCUAAAUAUGCACCAGGCUCUCCAUCAUUUAACACCUGCUUUUCUCUAUUACUUUAUCUGUUAAUAUGUUGCCUUGCGCCUCAUCAUGUAGCAUAAAUGCCGCACACCCGUACACCUAAGCCUUUGUUUAUGGUGUGUUUUAUGUCAGGAAUGUGGUAUUAAUUUUCUAUUGCUGCAUAACAAAAUAUCAUGCACAUUUAACGGCUGAAAACAAUACACAUUUAUCAUUUAAAAAUUCUAGCAUUUGAGGUUUGAUAUGACUCUUACUGGGCUGAAAUCAAGGUGUUGGCUUGCCUGCAUUGUUUUUUGUUUU